UCAGUCAACGGUGGUUGGCCCAACCAGCCGGCAGUUUCUUUGCUGUCGCAAAUUACGGUCCUUAUUCUUUCAAGGAUUCUCUUUCCUUUCCGUAUGUGCUGAAUUUAUAUAUUGUGAUUACGUUGUUUUUCUUCGUAAUUUGAAUAAAAAUACAAUAAUAAUAAAAUGCAGUGACGUCAGUAAGUCGGUACUUCCGUCCAUAAUACUAGCGAAAAUGGUGAGCGAGGAAAAAGAAAAAAACCGACGAAAACGUCUCGGAUCCUCGGGCUACAACAGAUGCAAAAAAUUGCUGGAAAAAAGACUGCCGAUUUGGCGAUGGCUGCCACAAUACAACAUGGAGAAAUGCGUGAGUGAUGCCAUCGCAGGUGUGACCGUAGGCUUAACGGUCAUGCCGCAAGGACUCGCUUAUGCCAUUUUGGCAGGCCUCGAGCCCCAGUAUGGUCUGUACUCGGCGUUUAUGGGGGCGAUAGUUUACGUGGUAUUUGGUUCCUGCAAGGAUAUCACAAUAGGUCCGACAGCAUUGAUGGCUAUAAUGACUCAUGAGUACGUACAAGGGAGAAGUCCCGAUUUUGCGAUUCUCCUAGCAUUUCUAUCCGGAUGCUUGCAGCUCGUAAUGGCUUGUCUACAUCUCGACGUUCUAAUCGAUUUUAUAUCGAUACCGGUCACGGUGGGAUUCACAUCAGCGACUUCGGUAAUAAUCGUCGCGUCUCAAUUGAAGGGCCUGUUAGGCCUGAAGAUAUCGUCGUCCGGUUUCGUCGACACCAUUACCAAAGUCGUACAGAACAUUGGCAGCACGUCGCCGUGCGACGCUGGCAUGAGCGCGACGUGCAUCAUCCUCCUUCUGCUGCUCAGGAGAAUGAAAGACGUGAAAUUAUGCUCCGACGAGGCGGCGAAGCCGACGAAAUCUCAGCUGCUCGUGAGCAAACUCAUCUGGCUGAUAUCGACCGCCCGUAACGCCAUAAUCGUCGUGGCCUGCUCGACGCUCGCUUACAAAAUGGAGCAAUCUGGUGGGUCACCGUUCGUGCUCACCGGUACCGUGAGAUCAGGACUCCCGACGUUCGGUUUGCCCCCAUUCUCCACUCAAAUGAACAAUCGGACGUUGAACUUUGUCGAAAUGUGCUCCGAGCUCGGACCCGCGAUCCUGCUCGUUCCGAUAAUCGGCGUCCUGGGCAACGUCGCCAUCGCCAAAGCCUUCGCCAACGGCGAAAGCGUCGAUGCUACACAAGAACUCUUGUGCCUUGGGAUCUGCAACGUUCUAGGAUCCUGCGCCAACUCGAUGCCCGUCACCGGAAGCUUCAGCCGCUCGGCCGUCAAUCAUGCCAGUGGCGUCAGGACCCCCAUGGGCGGACUUUAUACCGGCGCACUCAUACUUUUGGCUCUGAGUCUUCUCACUCCGUACUUUUACUUCAUUCCCAAAGCAUCUCUCGCAGCCGUUAUAAUAUGUGCGGUGAUAUACAUGAUCGAGUACGAAGUGGUAAAACUGAUGUGGAAAUCGAGUAAGAAAGAUCUCAUCCCGAUGUUCGCGACAUUUUUCCUGUGUCUCAUUAUCGGCGUUGAGUACGGUAUUCUCAUUGGAGUAGGAGUGAAUCUGAUAUUCCUGUUGUAUCCGUCGGCGAGGCCGUCGAUGCACGUCGAAAAAUGCAUCACCGAUUCCGGGACGGAUUAUCUCUUGGUCACUCCCGGUAACAGCCUGUACUUUCCGGCCGUCGAUUUCAUCAAACAAUUCGUUGGUCACGCGGGCGUUCGAGAGGGUUCUAGUCAAUUGCCGGUUGUCGUUGAUUGUCGAUAUGUUCUGGGCGCUGAUUUCACGGCGGCGAAAGGAAUGGCUGCGCUGAUAAACGAGUUCAACAACCGAAAGCAAGCUCUCUACUUUUACAAUCCCCGUGCCGAAGUCGUUGCGGUUUUGCGGGGUGCAUGCGGCGAGGAAUUUCAACAAGUUUCCAGUCAGGAAGAAUUGUCGUACUUGCUCAAGCCGCGCUCAGGAACGAAUACUCAUCAGCAACUUUUGCCAAUGAAAAUAAACGAAUCUCUGGAGCCACUGUCGAAAAGCAACCCCGAGCUUUACCAUCGAUUCAGUUACACAAACUGUCACGAGCUACGAGAAGUAACGACGAGCCUCUUACCAGCCGCGGUCAGCUGAGACACAAACUAACCUCGUUUUCAAUUAAAUUAACAUCAUUUCAUAAACUCUCUUUUUAUUUCCAUUGUUUUUAUUUAUACUAUUAUAUUUUAUAAGAUUAUAUUUUCUUUUAUAUCAUUUAUAUUUUGAGUCAUUCGUUAUUUCGUUCACUCUUAUCACCAUCGCGUUUAUUAUUUCAACGCUGUCUCUGUACGCUCGAAAUUUUAAUCGUUGUGAUUAGGUAGUAUUUUUAUAAAGAUAGCUAUACGAGUCGCUGGACGACAAAAACCGAAACAGUAUUUUAAAGGAGAGAAAAAAUAACAAGAAAAAUAAGAAAGGUAUUCGAAUAUUUCAAAUGAUACGAAAAAGCCCAUUAAUUCGUGGGAAAUUGAAGCUCGUUUUACUGGGAAUCGAAGAAAUUUAUUGUUUUGUAGUCCAAUUUAGAAUCUGCAGAGAAUUUAACGAACCUUACAGUCGACGAUUUGUCAUUGGAACAAAUUUUCGAAUAAAUCAAAGAAUUUCCGGUUCUUCAGUAGCACGAGCUUUAACGUCAUUCUUUCCGAGCGAUUUUUUUGAGAUUAAUUGGAAGGAUGGAACAACAUGUGAUUGAACGAAUAAAGCAAUCUCGAUUUUUGCUCAUCGUC